UAGAACCGGAAAAUCUCCAAAGCCCGCUCUCCUCCCAAAUUGAAGAACAAAUUUCCAAAACCCUACCCCAAAUAAAUCCCCCAAUCUCCCUCUUGCGAUCUCCCUCUCGCUCUCGCGCGGCGAUUCUUUUCGUCUUCUUUCCCUGCGAUCUUUGUUUUGAGAUGGCGGCGAAGAUCGGGAUGAUGGAUUCGGCCUACUUCGUGGGGCGGGGCGAGAUCCUGGCCUGGAUCAACUCCACCCUCCAGCUCAAUCUCUCCAAAGUCGAAGAGGCAGCAUCGGGGGCGGUGCAGUGCCAGCUGAUGGACGCGGUGCACCCGGGGGUGGUGCCGAUGCACAAGGUGAACUUCGACGCCAAGAACGAGUACGAGAUGAUCCAGAACUACAAGGUUCUCCAGGAAGUCUUCAACAGGCUCAAGAUCACCAAGCAUAUUGAGGUAAGCAAGCUCGUGAAAGGAAGACCCCUUGAUAACCUUGAAUUCAUGCAGUGGAUGAAGAGAUACUGUGAUUCUAUCAAUGGUGGUAUCAUAAACAAUUACAAUCCUAUGGAGAGAAGAGAUGCUUGUAAAGGUGGGAAGGAAGCAAACAAAAGGACAGCACCUACGCAUGCUUCCAAAUCUGCAUCUGCUGCCCCCAAAGCUCAAGCAUCACACUCCACCCGGAAGAAUGAUGCACAUUCUGCAAAUGCAUCACAUAAGACUGCAAAACCUGCUACUAACGCUGGAGGACAAGCUUAUGAUGAGCAGAUCACUGAGUUGAAACUUUUGGUUGAUAGUCUGGAGAAAGAAAGGGACUUCUACUUUGCAAAAUUGAGGGAUAUUGAGAUCUUGUGCCAAAGCCCAGAGAUAGAGCAUUUGCCUAUUGUUGGUGUCAUCCAGAAGAUAUUGUAUGCUACAGAUGACAGCCCCUCCAUCAUGGCGGAAGCACAAGCUGUGUUGAUGCAGCCGCAAAAUCAGCAGCAGCCACUGAGUCCCAUCCUCGAGACAUCAGAAGAGAAACCAAAGCAGGAAACGCAAAAGAGAAAGAACAUCUCUACCAUAGAGGUUGACAUGGCAGCCAGCUCGACAUUGUCCCCAAGACAAAGGCUUUCUGACAUCUCAGACGUUCAUUACUGUGGAUCACCACUAACAAACUGCUGAAAAUUUUGAGUUGAAUUCAGGUCUGCCUGUUGGUUUCCAAGAUGGAACCUGGUUCUCAGAUCUUACUCUCUAUGAAGUUGCACCGAGUUAAGUGGAUCUGCUUGCACCAACUGUAGGUUUUCUACCAUGGAAGGGAGAUGCCUCAUGGAUUCUGAGAUCAGACCUCCUGAUAUUUGUUUUCAUUGUUUGCUGUUAUUUUGCCUCCUGGAUUCUGGUUUUAUACUGUUAGUUUGGGUGUCCUUGUCAAAGAGAUGUUAUUGCUAUAGCUUAUAAGUUAUUCAUGUUACUUUUAUGCUUGCU